AAGAAUGUUUGAUUUUAGCUUUUGGGUUAUAAACAUUAAUUUAGAUUGUUUUUGUUUUCUUAUCUCACCCAUUAUAUUUAUUGAAUUUUUGAUUAUAAAUCUAAUUAAUCAUUGACCUUCAAAGGUCCGUGUAUCAUCGUAUCUCAGUCCAUUCAAAACUUAAUCAUCUGACUGAGAAAGGUAUGAUCACGGUAAACAUUGCUGAUGACAAUGAUCACUCGUCAACAUCAACAUCACCAUCAUCUGUUAUUUCAUCCUCCCAAAUUAACUCUUAUCAAAGUGUUCAAGACACUUUGAGAUUCCGUAAACUUUGCCCAACUGAUUUAGAAACUUUGAAAAGUCUUUGUGAGGUUUGGUUUCCAAUUACAUAUCCUCCAGAAUGGUAUGAAGCUGUGAUCAAUGGUGAAUACUUUUAUCCUUGGGCAGCAACUAUUAAUGGGCAGAUUGUUGGUAUAAUUGUGGCUGAUAUUUGGUCUCUAUCUGAUUGUGAUAGCUGUGAUUAUGAUGUUCUACCACCGUACAAAUUUUCCGAAGACACUAAAGUUGCCUACAUAUUAACCUUUGGAGUGGUUAAAGAAUAUCGUCGAAUGGGAAUUGGAUCUCGAUUGUUGGAUAAAUUAAUCAAUGAGUUGACCGUCAAUGUUAAUCCAUCAGACACUGCCAAUACUGUGAAAGCAGUCUACCUCCAUGUUUUAUGUGAUAAUGUGACCGCCAUAAACUUUUAUAAAAGUAAAUCGUUUCGUAUCCACCGAUAUCUGCCUUGGUAUUAUUGUAAUUAUGCUGGUAGAGGUGAUGCUUACUCCUAUGUAAGGUACAUUAAUGGUGCAAAAAUAUCAUGGAUCUACUCAUUUCAAUUUGCUCGAUGUCCUAUUGUUGGAGUUUGCCAGGUUCUAGGAAAAUUACCCUACUUAUUAUGGCGUGUUUUAAGAAUUUUAAGACUCUACCGAGUUCCCAUUUUCAGGGUCUCCGAGAAAAUGAAUGAAAAACCCAAAGAAAUUACUGCUUGAUUGUUACUUCAUUUUUUUGUCUGCUUAACUCUUCCAAUCACUCUUAUUAUUCUUAUAAUUCAAGGAUAAAUUUCUCAACAUUCCAUUCAUCUUGGAGAACACGAUGAUAUUGGAGCGAAUGAAUUAUCUAUUGUCACAAAUUGACUACUUUCUCAUCUCUUAAAGUAUGCCCAUUCGCCUUAUUUAUCCGAUGAGAAUUAUACACUCUACAGUCCUCCUUAACUUGGUGUUUUUUCAUCAAUUGUAAUUUGUACAUACAUUUACCAGCAAAUUCUCGUCAAAUGUCGCUGUUUUCAUAACCCUAAGCAAUAGAAGAAACAAACAAUGCAAUGCAAUUAAAGUUUGUCUAAAGUCACUCAAACUUUCAUCAAUCAAUCAUCAUUCUUGAUCGAUAAGAACAAGAGUGGCCAAUUUUUUAGAAAUGAUGAAAAAAACUAACCUAUUGGUUAUUAGUGCCUUCAACUUAAUCAUCAGCAAUUUGAGUUUCAGAUGUCAUCUAGAUCUUUCAAAAAAUUUGUAUUGAUGUACAGUCCCUAGGUUCGCCAGGGAUUCAUCCGAAACACAAUAAAGACAAUGGAUCUUUUAAACUGCUCAA